AUGCUCCACGAGAUCCUGCUCUCCCUCUCCGGCCAACCGUCGCCCCUGUUCGGCACCCAAACGGGGAAAGGCGCUGUCGCUCAAGAUGAUUUUCCCCUUCUCUCACCUCCGGAAAAAGCCCUCCUCGCAUCCGUUGCCCACCUGAGCCGGCUGCACGCGCAGCUACGAAAACACGCCUCCGACAUUUCCUCCGUGAACCCAUCCGUCGUCUGCCGCUCAGUUUCUACAGCUAUUGUGGGAACACAUCUAAGUGAAUUUCAGAAGAAAAUCUUAGAGGUAGAAAGGGCAAUUCUUGCUGAAGAUAGUGCAUAUGUCGGAGGAUAUGGUAUCGUCCCGUUGUCAACGAUUGUUGGAGAGUUCGCACCGUGGACGCGGCGCAUGGAGUGGCUCUGGGAUAUUGUCCAGUUCAUUCAACCCCAGAGGAAGAAGAGCGAACGCCCCAAUGGCUCUACCGGUGCAGCACUCAUUGAUCAUCUUCGGACCGAGGCUCACACGGGAUAUCUUGAUAUCAAAGAGAUGGCCUCGCAUUUAGAGACAUCUGCAGAGUCAGCAUGGAUGAAACAACUUUCCAUAUGGCUCCUUCACGGGGACCUUCCUAUGUACGGCAAGGAUGACUUCUUCAUCCAGGAGGAUUUCGACUGCGAAGGCGAUGAGACACAAUUUAGGAUAAGCAGCCAUUUGCUCCCCAAAUUCGUUACGACACAAACGGCAGGGUCAAUAUUAUUUGUUGGCAAAUCGCUAAACCACAUUCGGGCAAAACGGAAAACUUCAAUGACGGGAAUCUCUAAUGCACCUGUGACUCUGUAUCGUGAACACAUAGAGCAACUUGCAGGCUUGAAAUCACCAAUAUCACAUGUGAAGCUAUCAUCUGCUGUCGAUUGCAUUCGUCUUUCCCUUUCCCAGUCAACCUUGUCGAAACUAUUGCCACUUCCAAAAAUUCUCGAAAUCCUCGAUUUACUUCACGGAUUUCUUCUGCUAGGAAGGGGUGAGUUUGCAGUUGCACUGGUAUCACAUGCAGAUGCUCGCCUCGAAGAGAAUCGACGUCGUGGUUUAACGGUGGCUAGUAAUGGGCCAACUGGAAAACUUGAUAGCCUCGCCAUCAAAGAAGGAGAUGUUGCAACUGCCUUGGUCCAGACAUGGGCGGAGCUAUUUGCUUUACAAAAAGAAGAGGAUCAAGCGGAUGAUCAGCUUGAACUUGCUCGUGAUCUCCUUUCUAUCUCAAUUAGUGGUAGGAAAAAGGAACGUCCAAUGACCCCCGCCCAAAACACCAAUCCGAUAGCAGAGAUCUCGAAAGUAUCAUUUGAGGAUCUGCUUUUCCCGACACCCACACAGCUUACAGCACAAAUUCGAGCCCCUCUGGACUUAUUCAUCUCGAGUUCAGAUAUUCUCAUAUAUUCCAAGAUCCACUCUUACCUUCUGGGUAUAAGACGGGCUCAAAUACGGCUUGGGGAUCUUUGGAAGCGUACAUCAUUACGCAGAAACUACCCUACUCCAUGGGGACCACCGCGAAGCAAUAGCGCCUUUGGUCAAGACAGACUAAAAGCAGGACGAGAGAGGGAGAAUGCCCGUGUCCGUCAAAUGCGCCCAAUUUGGGCCACAAGCAGUGCGUCUCUGUUCGUGCUUUCAGAAAUAGGCACCUUUUUCCAGGGAGAGGUCGUCAACGAAUCUUGGCAGCACCUCCGUGAGUGGAUUGAAGGAAGGUCUUCGCCAACAAGGCCAGCAUCCGGGUCUCGACCUGGAACCGCUUCCUCUUCCAAACCCCAACAAGAUUGUGGAGCACUUUCUUCGGAUCAUGUGUCUACCGGAGACCCUCCCGAGUCUGGCUCACGAACUAUGGGACGGCACGAUCCUGAGGCUCUGACUGUUGCUCAUCGCCGGCACUUGGCAUCUCUCGUUCAAUCCCUCUUUUUAGCUGAACUACCAUUCACGAAUACCUUGCGAGGCAUUCUCACAGACAUCGACCGCUUUGUCGCACUCGUGAUCCGACUGGAAAAUACCCAGCAAAAUAUGGACUUGGAGACAGACGAAGGUGUCGUGGAAGCCAUGAUCGACUAUGCUCAAGAAGAACGUGAGAUAUGGGAAAUGCUGCGCUCCACACGCAGCCACGUCGAGAGAGGCAUGAAAGACCUCGUUACGAGCCUGCGGAAUAUCGACGAUAGCCGAUCAGGAGAAGGACGGGGAUCCGUAGACUUCGGAACGGGCUUCGGCCAGGUGGGGCUCGGACCCCAACGAGAAGACAGCACAGGCCCCAGUUUCAGUCAUUAUAUGCCCCGCAAACCUGCAGGUGUGGACAGACUACUCAUGAAAUUGGACUUCGGCAGCCUUCGCACCGGCUUCGGUCCCGAAAUGUCCGCGGGUCUGGCGGGUAUGCAAUAG